UUAAACAGUAUGAUUUUAUUGACGAUGAAAAACGUCCGUCUUAAAUACCUGCAGUGCAAAGACUGUGUUUUUACAGCAUUUGUUCCAAAGAAUUUCCAGUGAGAAUGGACAUUUUUAUAUUUUUAAUAUUUGCUGCUACCAUCGAGUACAAAAGUAUGAUGGUGGCUGCAAAAGAACCAGCGUGUUCAAAAUUCGACUUCGAAGAGAAACUAUUAGAAAAAGUGAUACGGUUGGAGAUUAAAGUUGAACAAAUCGUAGAGGAGAUGAAGAAAACGACGACAGACGUGGAACAGAGGGUGGAAAAUGCUGAAAAUGACGCCGUAAAAUUUCAAGAAGAUAUAAAGAAGACUAUGAAUACUAUGGAGAAAAAGUUCACUGCAUUUGAAGAAAACAUAUCAGCUCCAAACAUCGCCUUCAACGCCCGCCGUACGUCUUCACUGAACGCAAACAAAAACGACCUCGUCGUUUUUGAUACCGUCAUACUGAAUGAAGGUGAAGGUUAUGACAGUGCGACUGGAAUAUUUACAGCUCCCGAAAGCGGACUCUAUGACUUUGCAGCUCAUGUUUGUAUUGUUGGUGGUAAAGGCGCAAACUUCGCAAUAGUUGUAGAAGGUACUGAAGUAGCCACCAGUAGUCAUUACAGUAGUAAUAACAAUUGUAAUUCUGUAACUGCCGUUGCCAAAGUUAAGUCUGAAGAACGGGUGUCAAUUAAAAUAUUACAUGCAUCGUACCUGCACUACGACCAGUACAGACUUAAUUCAUUCGCUGGUGCACUUUUGACAAGACAUUAAUAAUUAUGACGAAUUUGUUCCUUGUAUGAAAAAGUAACAUUCUGACAGAUUGUGUGAACUCCGGUUGAAUAAAUUGUGGCACGGUUGUCGGACUGAGAAAAACACAUUUUAUUCAGACGGUAUGAAAGAUGGUCACGUCUAUUUUAACAUAUGGAAUGUUCGUACAGCACUAUAAGAGCUAUGUAGUACCUCAUUAAAGACGUUCAGUUAAAUUUUACUCUACAGCUUAUUGUUAAACGUUGUAAACAAUGUCUUUUUGGUAUUAGAUUAGUUAUAGUCAAUGGAUAUGAAAUAUGGCUAUUUGGAAUAAAUUAUCUCAUACUUUGCACCAAUGCUAAGUUAAUUAAUUCGCAUUAAAUAGGAAAGUUUCUAACGAAUAUUGCAUCAGAAGCUUGCGUCAUACAGCAACACUUUGUUCCUAAAUGAGUUCGAUCUGCUCCUUAGAUCUUUGACUCUGACAUGUCAUAAAAUAUAUCACUGCUUAUAUAGUGUUUUCUUUGACGUUACAUUGCUUUUCUGACAGACCAAGAUCGAUCUUGAGAAAUCUAGUAUAAUAAGUAGAUAACAACAUAUAUAGGAGGAAGGUCGAAUUUUUUUCAACUAAACAAGUACGCUGAAAAGUUUUGACGAAAACUGAAAGUACCAUGUGCGGCAGAAUAGAAGGGUAUCAUGUUAUAUUCAUGUUCAUGUUGAAGACUAUACUUCAUUCGUAUUUUCAAGGUUUUAUUAUCAAACUGUGAAUACUCUUAACAUUGCGUCGCCUCCAAAUACACACAGCGAGUUAUAAACAAAUGAUAAAAAAGGAUUGUUAGAUGUUGUUUUGGGUUAGAUCUGUCAUAAAAACAUGUAACGUCAAGAAAAACCUAAACACGGAAUUUCUCUGCAAUGGGUAGGUAAAUGGAAGAAUGGCAGGCAUACGACUAAAGAUAAGUGCUAAUUUUCAAUGUGCGUAGAACUAAUUGUUGAAAUUCACGUUUUAUAAGAGAAAUAGCUGGGUGGAAUGUGCUAAUUUUCUUUCGGUUCACGAGCAUGUCUCGAUAUUAUAUAAUUUAUAUUAUAAAGGUUUAACAUCUAUACAAUGCCAGUUUAUGAUAACUUCCUUCUUGAUAAGUUUAAUUAUUUCAAACAUUAAAUGUAUAAAGCUUAUACAACUGUGUUAACUUAUAAUUAUGCCCUAAAGUAUUUCGAAAUAAAUUGCACAACAGUACCAUUACUUCGCAAUGAGAUAUGGUAUAUGUUAACUAGAUACCCAUGGGCAACAUAUCGAGUCCGCCAGUUGUCAAAAGAACUAACAGCACCAAGUUUUAACCUUUGACCUCUAAGUAUGACCUUGACCUUUGAGAGAGGCGUCUGGGGAUUGCACCUUUGAGAUAGGGACCCGAGGUUUGCGCACAACACUCCGUCUCAAAGGUGAACAUUUACGCCAAAGAAAAAAAAGAUUGCUCCAUACUUGUCAAAGUUAUGGCCUGGACAAGCUCUAAAAUGAACUUUGACCCCUACCUGUGACCUUGACCUUUGAGAUAGGAACCUGAAGUUUGCACCAGACAUUUCGUCUCAUUGAGUUAAACAUUUUUGCCAAAUAUAAACAAGAUUCCUCAACGCAGGUCAAAGUUAUGGGCCGGACAAGAUCUUACAUGACCUUUGACCUCCAAUUGUGACCUUGACCUUUGAGAUAGGAUCCUGGGGUUUGCGCAUGACAAUCCGUCUCACUGAGGUUAACAUUCAAGCUAUAUGUAAACAAGAUUGAUUUAUACAUGUCAAAGUUAUGGUCCGGACAAACAAAUCCGGACGGACGUACACACGCACAGACGCACAUACACCGAACAGCCAUUUGAUAACUAUGUCUUCGCAUCCGCAAGCGGGCUCGAAAAAAAUUGAUUAUUUUUCAAAAGUGAUACAAAUAAAAGAUAUUUAUAUAAAUAUAGUCAUAACCUUUAGCAAUCAUAUAUACUGAAUUUUGAUAGUCAAAAAUAUUUUUGUUUUUGAUCACCUUAAUUAUAACGAAUACUUAACUUUAGCCCUUGGUAGGAUGAGAUAAGUUUUAAAUGAUGACUAAAGAUAUUAAGAGCAUUUACUUGAAAUAUGCAACAACAUCACUUCGCGAAAGAACGGAUCUAUGAUCACAGAUGACAAGAAAGCAUAAAAUCACUGAAAUAAAGUAAGGGGACACAUUUUACCGCCGCCACACGGCACUUAGAUUUUGUUUGUUUGUUUGUUUUAGGUUUAACGCCGUUUUUCAACAGUAUUUCAGUUAUGUAACGGCGGGCAGUUAACUUACCAGUGUCCCUGGAUUCUGUACCAGUACAAACCUGUUCUCCGCAAGUAACUGCCAACUUCCCCACAUGAAUCAGAGGUGGAGGACGAAUGAUUUCACACACACAGUCUUUUAUCAAAUCGUCACGGAGAACAUACGGCCCGCCCGGGGAUCGAACUCACGACACCGCGAUCCGUAGAUCUGCGUUUUCCCUAUUGAGCUAAGCAAGCGGGUUCAUGACACUUAAAGGCUGCUAUUAUGAUAGCUAAAAUCUACAAGAAGAUCCUUCGUAAGCAGGGAACGUCGCACCCAUCUCCGUUUACUUGAAAUGAACAACAACCCUCGCGACACCAUUCGACUACCACCGGCACUCUCAUUUGUAAGACAACACGGACAAUAAAACACUCGAAACUAGGAGCUCAAAAAUUAGAAAACAAUCUCUAAGGCCAUACCAAAUUGAUUAAUAGUUCUUCGGAAAAUUUUCAAAAAAAAAUUGGAGCGAGCGAGCGAAUUUUUUUUUUUUUUUUUUCUCAAUUUUGAUUUUUUCAGAGUCGGGUAGAUUUUACAUGGAGCGAGCGGGGUUUUUUUUCCUGCUUGGACCCUAAAAGGAGGCAUAACCAGUUAUGAUUAUACAUGAAGUUAACAUUUCUUUAAGAAUAACACAGAAAUCAAACAUUUACAGUGUGACUAACACAGUAGAUAGCUUUUCAAUAUGUUUUAAAGACUACAUGAAUGGUUUUGCAAAUAAAUUCUUGCCAAAACUCA